AAAAAGAGUGUGUCUAAAAGUAAGACAGUAAGAGACAUCUCCUCAAAUCUGCAUCAAGAUGGAAGCCUUUUGCCUCAGAGUGUCCUUCUGGCUGGCAAUGUUUGGAUGUGUGAUAAGUGAUAAUCCUGAAAGAUACAGCAAAAAUCUAAGUGAUUUUGUGGAUGAUUUCACCACUUUUCAUGGGACAGAGCUCAGCUUACUGGUUACUACCCACCGACCCACUAAUUUGGCCUUACCCAGCAACAGCUCAAGGCAUAACUAUUGCCCUCAGCAGACUAAAAUUACUUCAGCUUUCAAGUACAUUAACACUGUGAUAUCUUGUACUAUUUUCAUCGUGGGAAUGGUGGGGAAUGCAACUCUGCUCAGGAUCAUUUACCAGAACAAGUGUAUGCGGAAUGGCCCUAACGCACUGAUAGCCAGCCUGGCCCUUGGAGACCUCAUCUAUGUGGUCAUUGAUCUCCCUAUCAAUGUAUUUAAGCUGCUGGCUGGGCGCUGGCCCUUUGACCACAAUGACUUUGGCGUAUUUCUUUGCAAGUUGUUCCCGUUCUUGCAGAAGUCCUCAGUGGGGAUCACCGUCCUCAAUCUCUGUGCUCUGAGCGUCGACAGGUACCGAGCAGUUGCCUCCUGGAGCCGUGUUCAGGGAAUUGGGAUUCCCUUGGUCACCGCCAUCGAAAUUGUCUCCAUCUGGGUCCUGUCCUUCAUCCUGGCCAUCCCUGAGGCAAUCGGCUUCGUCAUGGUGCCCUUUGAAUACAAGGGUGAACAACACAAAACUUGCAUGCUCAAUGCCACAUCAAAAUUCAUAGAGUUCUACCAAGAUGUAAAAGACUGGUGGCUCUUCGGGUUCUAUUUCUGCAUGCCCUUAGUGUGCACUGCCAUAUUCUACACCCUCAUGACUUGCGAGAUGUUAAACAGAAGAAAUGGCAGCUUGAGAAUCGCACUCAGUGAACAUCUUAAACAGCGUCGCGAGGUGGCAAAAACGGUUUUCUGCUUGGUUGUCAUUUUCGCUCUUUGCUGGUUCCCUCUUCAUUUAAGUCGUAUUUUGAAGAAAACUGUGUAUGAUGAAAUGGACAAGAACCGAUGUGAAUUACUUAGUUUCUUGCUGCUCAUGGAUUACAUCGGUAUUAACCUGGCAACCAUGAAUUCGUGCAUAAACCCAAUAGCUCUGUACUUUGUGAGCAAGAAAUUUAAAAAUUGUUUUCAAUCUUGCCUCUGCUGCUGCUGUUACCAGUCCAAAAGUCUGAUGACCUCGGUCCCUAUGAACGGAACAAGCAUCCAGUGGAAGAGCCCUGAGCAGAACAACCACAACACUGAAAGGAGCAGCCACAAAGACAGUAUAAACUAA